AUGGCCCACCCCGCCCAACUAGGAUUUCAAGAUGCCGCAUCACCAAUCAUAGAAGAGCUCCUCCACUUUCACGAUCACGCACUGAUAAUUGUAUUCCUAAUCAGCGCAUUCGUCCUGUACAUCAUCUCACUAAUGAUAACCACCACCCUAACCCACACCAACACAAUAGACGCCCAGGCAGUAGAAAUAAUUUGAACCAUGCUACCGGCCAUUAUUUUAAUUCUAAUCGCACUGCCCUCCCUACGAAUCCUCUACCUAAUAGACGAAAUCAAUGACCCCCAUCUCACAAUCAAGGCCCUAGGCCACCAAUGAUACUGAAGCUACGAAUACACAGACUACAGCAACCUAGCAUUCGACGCCUACAUGACCCCCGAAACAGAUCUGGCCCAAGGCUCGCCCCGACUACUGGAAGUAGACCAUCGCAUGGUCGUACCAAUAGAAUCUCCGAUUCGAAUACUCAUCUCCGCAGAGGAUGUCCUCCACUCAUGGGCAGUACCAGCACUCGGCAUCAAGACCGAUGCUAUUCCAGGCCGACUUAACCAAACAACAUUCAUUACCACGCUCCCAGGCCUGUUCUACGGGCAAUGCUCAGAAAUUUGCGGGUCUAACCACAGCUUCAUGCCAAUCGUGGUAGAGGCAACAGAACUAGAAAACUUCGAAUCCUGAACCACCCAGAUACUCCAAGACU